AACCAUUUAUUCAAUCUAUAUCAAAUCAAACUAUAUCAAUUGGUAAACAAUAUACUCUUACAUGUUAUGCAUCAGGUCAACCAAAUCUUCAAUUGAAAUGGAUUGAUGAAACAACGAAGCAAAUCCUAAAUACAUCAUUAACAUCACCAAUUCUAUUAACAACAAUGAGUACAAAAUCAAAUAUCUAUACAUGUCAAGCAAAAAAUUCCCAUGGUGAAUAUUCUACAUUAGUUUAUGUAACAAUACAAAUUCCAGCUAAAAUAUUAUCUUUAACAACAAAUCGAACAAUAAAAAUAAAUGAAACAUUGGAUAUAUUUUGUAUUGGUGAAGGUGAUAAUGAUUUUCAAUUAAAAUUGCAAACACCAUCAUUGAAAAAUGUUCAUAUGAUUGAAACCAAAAGUGAAUAUAAGAAAACCUUAGCAUAUUCAAUAACAAAUAUUCAAAUGUCUGAUAAUGGUAUAUAUGAAUGUAAUGCAAAAAAUAAUUAUUCACAAGAUCAUGGGAUAUUCGAAAUAAUUGUACAGAAUAUUCCGAAUAGAAUGGAAAAUAUAUUUUUGGAAAAUUCAAAUCGAAUUUCUUGGUUCAAACCAUAUGAUGGAAAUGCAAAAAUUUUAAAAUAUAUUCUUCGAAUUCAAUAUAAACAAGGAAUUGUAUGGUCAAAUGCAACAAUUAUUACGAUUAAUAAUAGUGAUAUCACAAGUUAUUCAUUUGAUAAUUUCUAUUCAAAAUGUAGUAUAUCAAUAACGAUUGAAGCGGUUAAUAUAAUUGGUUCAUCAUUGCCAAGUAAUCCUCUUCAUUUUCAAACAAAUACAAAACAACUGUUAAUUGCACCUAAUAAUCUUAUUGCUGUUAAUAUCACAUCGAAAAGUGUGAUAUUAUCAUGGGAGUAUUCAUUAUUUCAUUUAUGUGAUAAUUUCAAUAUUGAAUAUAAUAUUGAAUUAAUCGAUACAUAUAAUCAAACUCUUAUUCAAACAUAUCAACAUAAUUCAACAGUAUUUAUGAUUGAGAAUUUAAAAAGUUCGACACAAUAUACAUUUAUUGUUUAUGCAAUAAAUGAAUUAGGAUCAAGUCCUAAAUCUCAAUUAUUAACUAUACAAACAUUAGAAAGUGUUCCACUUGUAAUAAUAGAAGAUUUACAAGCAACUUUAUUAAACACUUCAACUGUUAAUAUUACAUGGACAUUUGAAAAUAAUGAUAUUCAAUUUCUUAAUGGAAAAUUUCGAACAUUUGCAGUUACUAUUUAUGAAUAUUUUAAUAUGUCAACAUUAAUAACAAUGGAAACAAUUAAUUCAAAUCUGAUAUUUCAUAAUCUUCAUUCAUCAUCACAGUAUUAUAUAUCAGUUGCUAUUUGUAAUUAUUUCGAUUGUGGUCCAUCAUCAAAAGCUAUUCAUAUUGAAACACCAUUCUCAAAUCCCGAUACGCCUAUCACAGUUAUACAUCCAAUAACCAAACCACUUUUACUCAAUUGUCCAUUCACGAAAUCUUGGCUAAAUAGUGAAAAAUCAAUUGAUCGAUAUGUUUUAAGUAAUAAUUCUCUUUAUAUUACCGAUCUGAAAUUAGAUGAUAAUCAUAGUCAAUAUCAGUGUGGAUCAACACAAUAUCAAAUCCAAUUAUAUGAUAAACCAGCUUCUGUUCAUGGUAAAAUUCAUUAUACAACAUCAAAUGAAAUUGGUAUAAAAUUUGAUUAUCCAUCUGAUAUAAUCGAAACUUUAAUAGUAACCUAUAAAUCCAAAGAGAAUUUAAUUUUAAAUGAAUUUCAUCUGUUUCCACCAUUGUUAAAUAUUCGAUUAACAAAUCUUUCAUGUGGAAAUACAUAUGAUAUAAUGAUAUAUGCAAAAAAUCAAGUGGGAUUUAGUUCAAGUGAAUAUCUAAUUGGAAAAACUGAUGGUUCAGCUCCUUCGUUAAUUCAAUCGAACGAUUUAAUUGAAACUAUAACAAAUAAUUAUAUUAUUCUUAAUAUGUCAAAAUGGAAAGUUAAUCAAUGUGGAAUUCUAUCGUACGAUAUCGAAAUAUUUCCAAUAGAUAAUUCUACUGAACGUAGUCUUCAUCGAUAUUAUUCAUUCGAAAAUCAUUUGAAAAUUCUUAAAAUUCCUAAUCUUCAAUCAAAUCAAAAUUAUCAUUUAGAAAUUAAAGUACAUAGUCAAGCUGGUGAAAUAAAUAAAAUAAUUAUAUUUCGAACAUUGAAUAAUAAACAUAUAUUCAAUUCUGAAACACAACAUUAUUAUCUUACUAUUAUUAUUAUUAUUAUUUCAUUUAUUUUGGUACUUGUCUCAUCGAUUAUUAUUUUUAUUUCGAUUAAAUUUUGUCGUUUACAUUUUAAAAAUACUGAUUUAUUUAUUGCACAAACAAGAAAAUUAAAACCUGUUAUUUGUUCAUCAUAUCCUCAUGAUUAUCAUGGUACAUGGUUAAAAAGUAAUAAUGAAUUUACAAUAGAAAAUUAUACAGAAAAUAAUAAUCGACCAUAUAGUUAUGCAUCAGAAGACUCUCAAGGAAAUAUAAAUCCUUAUGCAGUUACGGGUUGGACAUUGAAUUGUAAAGAUCCAAUUGAUCAUGGAUCUUUAUUCAGAGAAAAUAAACAUGCACAUUGUCUUAUAGAUCCUAUAGAUCUUCGUCCAUCUACAACUCCUUCUGAGCGAUAUUUUCGUCCAAUAAUUCUUGAAUCUUCUGCACUUGCUAAUCAAGAAUCUUUAAAACGUAAUCCACUUGUACAAAUACCUACUACUACAUGUAUAUUAUCCAAUCAGUAUCAAUCUUUUCAAGCACCAUCAAGUGUUCUUUCAACAGUUUCAUCAUCUCAAGGUGAACUUUUUUCUGCAUUUACACAUGUUCCAUCAUCAAAACAAACAACACUUAAUACAAAAAAAAUUUCUAAUCAUAAUCACAUAUUAGCUGAUCAAAGUUCAUCAUCAGCUGAUUCCGGUGUUCAUUCAUCUUAUACACAAAGUCCAAUUAUAAAACAUUCAUUUCGAAAAUGUCAUUUUCAUGGAUUUUUAUUUGAUCGGCCAUCAUCAGCGAAUACAAGUGACGAUCAUGAUAAACAUUUAUAUGCAACAUAUGAUCAACAUUAUGCAUGUUUAAGAGGAAUAACAUCGAAUCAAUUAAAUAAUGAACCUUCAAACUCAUAUAGACGUCGAGAACAAGAGCAAUAUUCAUUGGUUUAA